AUGAGUGACAGGCUUUUGAGCAACUUAGACAAACUUCUGCUGGAGUUUGUUUUCCAGCUAGAACAAACUUCUUAUGCUAAGGAACAAGUGAAGCAACAGAUAAAUUUGUAUACUGCACAAAUCACUGAAAAAAAGAAUGAAAUCGCGAGGUUGCAGGAAAAUAUAAAUAACAGCAAUGAUGCAAUUGCUGAUCUGCAAAAGCAAAAUGAGAGCAGCAAGGAGAGCUGUAAUGCCUGGAAGCCCACCUAUGCAAUUCUUAGCAAGCAUGAAGAAUAUUUGAAAAAUGAACUUGAAGCUUUACAAGAAGCUAUAGAAAAUGAGAGGAAAAUGUAUCAGGAUUAUAUCACCCAAUAUAAAGAGGUUUUGAAGCAACACCGUGAAAAAUAUGCAGAAAGUGCUCUUGCACAGGAAUAUUACAAGAAAAAGAAAGAGCUUGAAGAAAUCCAGGACAGAGUUUUGAAACAGUCAGAAAAAUACAAAUGGAAAGAAGAUUCCUGCUUUGAUAAUCCGGAGCCUUUUCCUUUUAAAUCCCUAAAUGACUGGGCUGUACAUAUUGCUUCUUCGAGGCAAAAAACACAGGAAAUGUUAAAGCUUGCUGCAGUUGCUGCUCAGGAGUCCAUGGAACUGCAAAAAGAAGCAGAGGAAUUAGAAAUGAAAAUAAAUUACAUAAAAAAGGCAUUUGAAGAGACUACAGAAGAUCAAAAUAAUUCCAAAGUGAUUGAAGGAAAAGAUCAGAAAAGUCUAGAGAAGCCAAAGGAGUUCAAAGAAAGGGUUUUUGAAGAGAGUGAACACCCACCUUUGCUAAAUGAGAAACAGCAACUGUAUAAACCAUUGCAUGUCCCACGUGUUCCCAGGAAGUUAGUCCAGUCAGUACAGAGUAUUACAUUCCCAGUGCAGCGAACAGAAACAGGGAGAGAAGAAAAUGAAAAACCCGUGGAACUUUCAGUGGCCACCAGCAGUUCCUCCAGCCUUGCAGAGAAUCCAUCACAGAUGGCUAUUGACACUGAAGGGACCAAUAACCCACAAAUUGCCCAAGUUCCAUCAAUAACAACCUUACAAAACCAAAUGCAAUUCAGACUGGUAAUUCCUCCAAAGCAGAUGACUUCCAAUCAACAAUUCCCAUCAAAUUCUGAAAAUGCAGAAAUAGCAAACCAAGAGGACAAAUGUGGUGAUAAAGACGCACAAGAUCAACCAAAGAAUUCUUCAUUUAUAUCUCAAGAAACACAUACAUUUAAGUCAAAUGAAGAUAAUGCUGACACGGAAGAAGAAAGUGCAGAACAUUUUUUAAGAGCACCUGAAACACCUGAAUUUGCAGGAAGGCUUGAUUCAAAGGAGAAGAAAAUUCAGUUAGCUAAAACACCUCCAUUUGACUUCAUUCAGAGUUUAGGUUGUGAAGAAGGAACAUCAAAAUCUCCUGCUUUCCUUUCUCUCAUGAACUUCACCCAGAAGUCACCUGGCUUUAAUUUAUUUGACUCUGCAGUGUUUGGGGCAGAAAAUUCAUCUGAUGAGACAGAGGAAAAUUUUUCUAUGGGAAACCUGAACCCUCUGUCCCCACAGAAAGAUAUUGGAAGCUUGUUUGGGAAAUCAGAAGGUGAGGAUGCAUUUGCCUUUCCCUUCCCCUCGGAAUCGACUUCUCAUGCAUUUGGUGAUGGAAAGGAUGACUUUAGUUUUCCAUUUGCAUUUGGACAGGAUCAGAGAUCAUCACAGUCUCCUUCUGUGAAAGGUUUUCAUUCUUCCUUACAAAAUGCAAAGCCAUUUACAUUCUUUUGAAUACCUUUGACUUCCUUUUAAAUGAAUUUCCUACUUAGCCUUGACAAAUGUUUUCAGUAUCUUAAGUUAAAAUACAAAGCAUUUCAUCUUCUUUCAUUCCUUGGAAGAAUACAUUAUUAGAAUUGCUGCAAGAGCCUAUGUGUGUUUUCAAUGCUAUAGUUGCAGCUUCUGUUUUUCUUAUCCAUCUUCUAAAUAUGUUGUUUUUGUAAAAUGUUAUGAUAUGCUCUUGCUAAACUGGCACUUAGAAGCAGCAUAAAAACCAUCUUAAAGC